GCCGGUCUGCCGGGGAUCUGUGAAUUCUCCUGGUUACGAGUUACGAGGGUUACGAGUUGCGGCUACCGCUUUUCUGCGAUCACUUCUCUUCUCUCUUCGAGCAACGUUCGACGCACAGUCUUUCAGUCAUUCACUUUAUCUCUGAUUACAUUUAUUCUGUUCAACUUCUUUUCGUCAAGUUGAGAUAAAAAAUUCUUCAACAUGCCUGUUCCUGAUCUGCAAAAACCAGCACCAGCCUUCUCAGGCACUGCUGUUGUCAACGGCCAGUUCAAGGACAUUUCCCUGAGCGAUUACAAAGGAAAAUAUCUUGUUCUGUUCUUCUAUCCACUGGAUUUCACUUUCGUAUGUCCGACUGAAAUAAUUGCAUUCUCCGAUCGGGUAAAGGAGUUCCAUGACAUCGGAUGCGAGGUGAUCGCCGCAUCCACGGAUUCGCACUUCAGUCAUCUUGCAUGGGUGAACAGCCCUCGGAAGCAGGGUGGACUUGGUGAAAUGGCUAUUCCUCUUUUGGCUGACAAAAGCUGCAAGAUCGCCCGUGCCUAUGGAGUACUCGACGAGUCGAGUGGCAUACCAUUCCGUGGUCUCUUCAUCAUUGACGACAAGCAAAAUUUGCGUCAAAUCACGAUAAAUGAUUUACCAGUUGGCCGUUCUGUCGACGAGACACUUCGGCUUGUCCAAGCUUUCCAAUUCACGGACAAGCACGGUGAGGUUUGCCCAGCCGGUUGGAAACCAGGCAAGAAAACCAUGAAGCCUGACGUCGUCGGCUCCAAGGAAUACUUCAAGGACUCGUGAAUGUCGAAAUGAAAACGACGCCUGUUCGAACUAUCGCCCGUGUUUCGUGCGUCAAUUUUUAUGAAUCCAAUUAUCGUUUCACCAUACACAGAUAUAUCUCCGUUUUAAAACCCACAGAAUAGUACAACAUGAUGAAUUGUGAGAGGGAAAAUAAGGGAUAUCGCCCUGAAAUCCCGUUUACUUAACUACCAAUAUUAAGAAAAAAUUGAAUGUUCUUAUUUAAGAAGUAAAGGACCCUAAAAUUCGUUCAAAUCGUCGAAUUCCCAUUUUGACAAUACGAAUUAGUAGAUAACAUAAAUGUGUGCUCUUUCUCUUUGAUAUUAUACGUUCUUUUUUACCUCCCACUUUCAUAAUAAACGUCACGUCGUAAAAAAAAACAA